ACCGGAAAGAAACUGCUAUUCUUGGUAGGUACGUAAUGCUCUUGACGUAAUGCGUAAUGCUGCCACUGACUGCAUCUUCCUCCCAAACCAAAGACUGCCAAAGAAGCUGAUUUUACUCGGCUUACAAUAAGUCUCUAGUCCUGUAUUUGUUCAUUUUUAAGUGAUGUAGAAUGGCGUCUGGCUUUGGGAAGAUAGUCGUUGGUACCUAUGUGGAGAUAAAACGCAGCGAUGGACGUAUACAUCAGGCGAUGGUGACCUCACUUAAUGAGGACAAUGAGAGCGUCACAGUGGAGUGGAUAGAAAAUGGAGACACAAAGGGAAAAGAGAUUGACUUGGAGAGUAUAUUUGCACUUAAUCCAGAUGUGGCUCCAGAUGAAGAAAUUGCCCCUAGUCCAGAGACCCCACCCCCUCCUACACCCACAUGUGUGAAGGUCAACAAAAUUGCAAAGAACCGACGGACGAUAGCACCUCCUAAGAAUGAUACUCCAUCCAGAGAUAAUAGAGCAAUUCCAACCCGGGCCAGACCUCCACAGCCUCAGCAGCCAGAGCCUGCUCCACCUCCUCCAUCGCAGCAGCCUGCACAGCCCACUCAGGCCCAGACACAGCAGCAGCUACAGAACGAGUCCUCACAUCAGCCGCUAUCCAGAAAGGAGUUUGGACAGCUUUCACGAAGGAAGUCAAACUGUGUGAAGGAGGUGGAAAAACUUCAAGAGAAAAGAGAAAGACGCCGGCUUCAGCAGCAGGAGCUCAGGGAGAAAAGAGCUCAGGAGGUGGACACCACCAUCCCCAACUAUGAGAUCAUGUACAUGAUCCGAGAUUUCCGAGCCAGUCUAGACUACCGGCCCCUGACCACAGCAGACCUGAUUGAAGAGCACAGAAUAUGCGUUUGUGUGAGGAAACGUCCACUCAACAAAAAAGAGUUGUCCGUGAAAGAUUUGGAUGUGAUCACCAUUCCCAGUAAGGAUGUGGUGAUGGUUCAUGAACCUAAACAAAAAGUGGACCUGACCCGCUACCUGGAGAACCAGACCUUCCGCUUUGACUACGCCUUUGACGACAGCACCACAAACGAGAUGGUUUACAGGUUCACAGCCAGACCUCUUGUGGAAACCAUUUUUGAGAGAGGCAUGGCCACCUGCUUCGCCUACGGACAGACAGGCAGUGGAAAAACACACACUAUGGGUGGUGAUUUCUCUGGGAAAAACCAAGACUGCUCUAAAGGAAUUUAUGCAUUAGCUGCUCGGGAUGUAUUUCUCAUGUUGAAGAAACCCAGCUACAAAAAGUUAGAUCUACAAGUGUACGCAACUUUCUUUGAAAUCUACAGUGGGAAGGUGUUUGACCUGCUGAAUCGUAAAGCUAAGCUGAGGGUACUGGAGGACGGGAAACAGCAAGUGCAGGUGGUGGGGCUGCAGGAGAAGGAGGUCAAGUGCACAGAGGAUGUCCUGAAACUCAUUGAAGUGGGAAACAGCUGCAGAACAUCAGGGCAGACGUCCGCCAACGCUCACUCAUCUCGCAGCCACGCCGUUUUCCAGAUCAUUCUCCGGAGGAAGGGGAAGAUGCAUGGAAAGUUCUCCCUCAUCGACCUUGCGGGCAAUGAGAGGGGGGCGGAUACAUCGAGCGCUGACCGGCAGACUCGUCUGGAGGGAGCAGAGAUCAACAAAAGCUUGUUAGCCCUGAAGGAGUGUAUCAGAGCUCUGGGUCGUAACAAGCCCCAUACACCAUUCAGAGCCAGUAAGCUCACCCAGGUCCUCAGAGACUCCUUUAUUGGGGAAAACUCACGCACAUGCAUGAUUGCAACCAUUUCUCCUGGGAUGACAUCCUGUGAGAACACACUCAACACACUACGCUACGCUAACAGAGUGAAGGAGUUUGGGAUUAGUCCGUCAGACAUCCCCUUCUCCCAGAGCGGUCAGGGAAGCCGCCCUGAGCACUCGCCCACCAAUACCUUUGAGUAUGAUGACUUUGCUGCUACUUCUCCCAGCAGGGUAAAGGAACUAACGGUGGACCCCAACCAAGUGAUGGAAGGGGGACGCCCCAAUAUCCAUGCUGUCAACCAGCUGGAUCUCUUGGAUGAAGAGUGGCUGAGCAUCUCACCACAAAGAGACGACCUUAAACUUCUCUGUGAGCAGAAUGAGGAAGAAGUGUCUCCUCAGCUCUUCACCUUCCAUGAGGCCGUGUCACAGUUGGUGGAGAUGGAGGAGCAGGUCCUAGAGGACCACAGAGCUGUUUUCCAGGAGUCUAUCCGGUGGCUGGAAGAUGAAAAGGUGCUGCUGGAGAUGACGGAGGAGGUGGAUUAUGACGUGGAGUCUUACGCCACGCAGCUGGAGCAGAUCCUAGAUCAAAAGAUAGAAAUCCUCACUGAGCUCCGAGAUAAAGUGAAGUCAUUCCGCUCUGCACUGCAGGAGGAGGAGCAAGCCAGUAAGCAGAUCAAUCCCAAGAGGCCACGUGCUCUUUAGAGUCUGAAGAGGUUUAAGUGGCAUGUUGAGAAACAUAACCACUAGAUGUUUGGCACAAGUCGAGCUGACGCUGGCAGCUGUGAAAACACAAAUUAAAAGACUGUCUAAUGUACCAACAGGCUCAAUGAAUAUCGUUUGUUUUGAUCCCUCUAGUAACAGAAACUGGCUCUCCACUCACUCUUUGGUCUUGUUAGAAAACUGGAAGGAAACUAGUUUUUAUUUCCUUCCACUUUAGAUGAUUUUUUUUAAUGGAGAAUGUUUAGUUUCCUUUCCUUGUACUUAAAUUAUUUUUCUUUUAUACCCGUUUGUACUUCCUUUGAACUAAAACUUUUCGACCGGUUUUCAGAGGAGAUCUCAGUUGAACAUGCUUCGAAGUUUACUACACAAAACCAGUAUUUGAUUUCUGGUUUGCUCUGGCUGACAUUUCUGCAUGUUCACUCUGUGAUAGCUUAUGUUCACCACUGUUUCAUGGUCCGGGGGUCCCCCGGUCGGCAUCGUAAAGUCAUACUUCAUUGUAAGUAAUCUCUUCUCCCUUUCCCUUCCUUCUCAAAGUUUUUACCAGUUUGGAGGAAGCGUUAAACCACAUUGUGUUUCUUUCCUUCUGUCAUCCCUGACAGAUUUUUACUUGUAGUUUGCUACAGUCUGUGCCAUGUGGCAACUGACUCAAAAAACUCUUAAUGUAAAACAUGUUUUCCACCCAUUUAACACUUUGUUAAAAAAAAUGGAACUAGAAAAACUAUUAAUAAAUGUAUAGUGAAGAUCACUGACCUAUCAUUGGUUAUGUUGCUCAGUGUUUGCACCAGAUGUAAUGCUGGAAGAAUUAAUAAAAAGUCAUGUUUCAUUUCAAUGA